AUGGACUACGUGCGCGGUGCGUUCUACGAGGCGACAGGCUGGAAUCGAGAGAGCUCCUACUCGUCUCUGAACUCGACCGCUGACGCUCUCCUUAAUUUUGAGACGCCUCUCGGCCUCCGAUUGACCCUCUCCUCCCUCGCGUCGCCCAACUUUGCCACGUCCUACCAGCUAGGCUCGGUCGGUGUCGUCGACGGCUCCAUCUCCUAUCUCUACUCCUCGGUGCCCCUCCGUGCCUACCUCACCCCGCAGUCCGAACGCCUCCCCCUCUCGACCCUCUUCCAGUCCUACAAGCCGCUGCCGGCGCUCCCGCAGCGCGUCAGCCUCGACGACCUCGAGCCCUUUGACCUGACGAGCCCCGCCGCCGCCUCUCUCUACUAUGGCCGGCUCUACCUGCCGCAGUCUCUCCUCGAGGCCCUCGUCAUCAAGCGCAUCUCGCCCGCGCUGCAGCUCCAGCUGAGCGCCGUCUCGGGCCACUACCUGCGCAGCGGAGGCACGCUGCUCGGCCUGGCGCACUACGACGUCGGCCGGUACGCCGUCGAGGGCCUCGCCUCCUCCGACGGCGGCCUUCUCGGCCUACGCGGCAUCUACAAUUUUGGCGGCGAUGCCGAAGAGACGGAUGACAACGGGCACUUCCACGCAGUCACAAGCACAAACACGCAAGCGACCGGCGGCAGCAGCAGCAGCAAGGAUGACGCGGCGCGCGAGCGCAUCUACGGACGCUUCAGCACGGGAGGCGAGAUCUACUAUGGCACGCUCAACAAGUCGGGCGGCAUGUCGGUCGGGGCGCGGUUCGCGACGCUGCCGUCGCACCAGGGCACGCCGCUGACGACGACGCUGACGAUCAACCCGCUCAUGGGCAACAUCAGCGCGACGUACGCCGUCAUGGCGGGGCGGCACUGCAGCGUGGCGACGCGGUUCGGGUUCAACGUGUACAGCUACGAGAGCGACUGGGCCGUCGGCCUCGAGCUGUGGCGCAAGCGCGUGGUGCGCGCCGCCAUGGACCCAGCGCUGUCGGCCGAGCGCCUCGUCCGCGAGAGGAGCUUCCGGGCCAAGAUGGAGUGGAGGGCGGACGACCCGCUCCUGCCGCCCGAGACGGUGCUCGUGCCCGUCGCCAAGCCCACGAGGGACGGACCGAGGGAGAGGAGUUUCGAGGCCAAGCUCGCGUGGCGGCUUGACGACGACAACGACGAUGACAACGAUGGCAGCAAAUGGGGCACAAAGACGCCCCCACAGGAUGACGAGUACACGGGGGUCAUCAAGGCGCGACUCGACCAGAACCUGAGGAUAGGCAUCCUCUGGGAGGGGCGGGCCAAGUCGCUGCUGUUCAGCCUGGGCAGCGGCAUCGACCUGCGGAGCCUGGACUCGCCGUUCCGCACGGUGGGGGCCGAGAUUCAGUUCUCGUCAUGA